AUGGGCAUCAUUACCAAGCUGAAGCGAUCUGUGAGGUCAACAAAUACAAAUCGAUCCCAGGAUGGCACGGUGCUAAGGCCAGGAGCAAGGCUCCGGGCCACUAGCCGUGCUAGCUCUUCCUCAGUCCCUUCAAGCGCUGAAAGGUCCUCUGAAAUCAUCGAAGCUCCCCUAGAGCACAGCAAUAGCCCAUUGGCUACCACACAAAUUUCUGUCUCAUCACACAAAGGCGAUCCUUGGGCUUGGGCAUACGAAAUGCUUGCGGAGAGACAGCCCGCGCUCAUGGAGGAUUACAAGAAGUACCUAGGAUCAAUAGGAAACGAUGACCCCAUUGAUGUAGAUUUCACUGCGCCACGGUCAAUAGAGUCGGUCGUGAAGAAACUACAAGAUCAGCAUAAGAAGAAACAAUGGCAGAUCGCGCUUCAAGGGAAGCAGAUGAAGAUACGAGAGCCGAUUGAGAAGAUGAUCAAGUUUGUCAUCUGGGCUGCUCCUAUAAUCCAGCAAGCUGUCAGCAAUGAACCACACAUUGCACUAGCAUGGGGUGGUGUCUGCUUGGUUCUCCCACUCCUUUCUAGUAGUAUAACGAAAAACGAAGCGAUGUUGAAAGGAUUCAACCUGAUAAGCGAGAUUCAAAUAUACUGGAAUAUCUGUGAGAAGCGAAACCUCGAAUCGAAUCACCAGGAGGAGUACAAGGCCUUCAGAGAGCCUUUGGCAAAGCUCUACUCUCAAAUGAUUGAGUACCAGGCGCGGGCAAUAUGUCAUCUAUCCAAGGCUCAACUCUCUCGGGCAUGGGAGAACGUUGCGGGUGCCCACGAUUGGGAGGAAAUGACAACAAAGAUUGGUGACGCGAGCGAUGCUUGUAUCACCUAUCUCACUCCCCUCGAGGCAGAAGAGAUCCGCAAGAAUCGAGAUAGCACCCUGCAAGAGAUUCGAGGAUCACGGGAGAUUCUUGGAGAAAUUCGAGAAAUUCUAGAAAUGGGACAAAACAUGACUUCAAAACUACAGGCAGAUCAGCAAGAGAAUGCGCUUUUGCAAGAUCUUGCUUCUCAGUAUGAGGAUGACAAAGAGGUCAUUCCACUCCGUGUUCAGGACACAUGCGAGUGGUUUUUUGAAGACCAAAGCUUUCGUAAUUGGCGCGACAGCGAUACUUCCUGUCUGUUGAGAGUCACUGCUGGUCCGGGAUGUGGGAAGUCAGUCUUGUCACGCACCUUGAUUGAUGAGAACCGAUUGUCAAUUACCCCUGCCACGUCUACCGUUUGUUACUUUUUCUUCAACGAUGGAGAUGAGAGUCGUACGCUUGCCACAAACGCCUUGAGUGCAAUCCUCCAUCAACUCUUCAUUCAAGAUCCCACUGGGGCUUUGAUCGGGGCUGCAGUCGAUAGCCAUAAGAAAUUCGGUGUGGCGCUGAGAAAGAAUUUCUCUGAGCUGUGGCGACUACUCAAUCGAUGUACUAGCCUGCCGGAGGCUGGGGAAGUUGUUUGUGUUCUUGAUGCGCUGGAUGAGUGCAAGGAGAGUAGUGCACGACAAUUGAUUGAUGCUUUGAGGGACUAUUACUCUCGACCCAAGUCGCACUUAACUUCCAAGCUCAAGUUUCUGAUUACAAGCCGCCCAUAUGCCCAUUUAGAGGCCUCUUUCAAGAAGUCCCCUCAGUCAGUAGCAUACCUCCGCUUCGAUGGGGACGAGAAAUCGGUGGAGAUUGCCAAAGAUAUUGACCGAGUCAUUGAUUACAAGUUAAUCGACAUUGCAGGUGCAUUCAACGCCCAGGAUCGUGAACAAAUCUCGAAGCGACUGAAAGACAUGAAAAAUCGCACAUACCUUUGGCUACAUCUCACAUUCCACAUAAUUGAGGAAAAUCCAAGUCAAUUUGGCCGCCGAUCUGAUGUCGAAGCUCUUCUGGAGGAUUUGCCUGAGCAGCUUUCGGCGGCAUAUGAGAAGAUCUUGACCCAAAGCAAGAGCCCGGUGCGUACCGAGGCCCUUCUGCGAAUUCUGCUUGCUGCGAUGGAGCCCCUGACUUUGGAUGAAGCCAAUAUGGCCUUGACUACAGUACUGGCAAAGCAAGGUUCUCAGCCUGUCUCGGUGUCAGAUAUGUGGGUGCCAGAGGUAUUCAAAGAUAUCGUGAAGGACUUGUGCGGUCUCCUUGUUAAUAUUCACGGGUCCAAGCUGUUCUUUGUGCACCAGACAGCCAGGGAAUUCCUCGCCCAUCGGGAGCGAGAAGGGCAAUGGAAGGGUCGGCUGGAUAUGCACAGAUCUCACUGCCAGAUGUCGGUGGUCUGUCUGAGUUCUUUAUCAUGUCUUGAUAAAAAGGCUCUUGGAGAGAUACACACACAGGCCGAGAUUUUCUGGGGUGAGCUUAUGGGUUACGGUGCUUUCAGUGCCCACACUUCCAGUGUUCUUCAGGAAUUUAAGGCAGGCUUCCCACUAGCCUGUUACUCUACUCAACAUUGGAUCAGUCAUGUAAGACUCGUCGAAAAAGAAGCCCUUGAGGUUGUUAUGUCAUUUUUGGAGAAUGAUGCCGCGUACGAAGCCUGGGAUACGCUUUAUUGCAUGAUGAAUGGUGGGCACAACGGGUACAACAGAUUCAAAGUUCAGAUAAUCCCUCCUUUGUCAUAUGCAGCCUCCGCGAAUCUUCCUUGUUUGGCAAAACAUCUACUGGAGAACGGGGCCAGCAUAGAUGCAGAAGGUUAUCAGAGUCCAACUGCUCUUAGUGUUGCGGCUCAAAAUGGGCACAAAGAGAUUGUGGAGCUCCUUUUGGAAAACAAUGCCGAUGUCAACGCCCGAAGUCGUGUUGAAAAAUUCCCUACUUUUUCUGAUAAUAUCAAAUUCUCUAAUAGUACCCUUGCCGGUUCUCGGAGUCUUCAUCACACUGGCACGACUGCCCUUUUCGCUGCUUGUGCCCAAGGCCAAGAAAAUAUGGUGCAUCUGUUGUUGGAAAAUGGCGCCGAUGCCAAUCUGCUUAGGGAAUGGGACGACCAUCCCAUUCAUGCUGCUUGUAAAGGGCAGCAUACUGGGAUUGUGAAGCUACUCCUAGAGAGAGGAGCUGAUGUCAAUGCCGAGGUGGGCGUCAUGGGACGGACACCACUCUAUAUUGCUUCAAAUGCAGGUUUCAAGGAGCUUGCCGUGGUGUUGAUAGAGGGUGGAGCCCACAUCAACAAGUUGGUGAAAACUUUUGGUGGUGUUAAUACAGCACUCAUGAUCGCUUGCUCGAACAAUCAUUUGAACAUGGUGGAGUUACUAUUGGAAAAGGGGGCGGAUGCUAAUAUACAGGGAACAAGUUUUCCACUCCACGAGGCUUGCGUAAAUGAAAACAUGGAAAUGAUGCAACUGUUGGUCGAACAUGGGGCGGAUGUGAACAUCAAGCGACAACAUGGCAAUUCUCUUGCUUACGCUCGCAGUCCGGAGAUUGUGCAGUUUCUGAUAGACCAUGGGGCAGAUGUGAAUGCGAAAGGCGAAACCGGCAACGCGCUUGUGAAGGCUUCCGAGAAAGACUACUUGGAUAUUGUGCGCAUAUUGAUCGAGAAUGGGGCGGAUGUCAAUGCCAAAGGAACGAAAGACGAGCAUGGCAAUGCUUUGUUCAAAGCUUCUUCCGAGGGCAAUUAUGAGGUUGUCGAGUUGCUACUUGAGAGUGGAGCAGAUGCUAAUUCUGAGGCACCGCCUCUCAAUGCUCUUCAGGCAGCUCGUAAGGCAGGAUGGGGUGACGUUGCCGCUUUACUCCUGCAGCAUGGGGCCCGAAGACACUUAAAGUGA